AUGGAAUCAUAUGUGGUUAAGCUAGGAGCUAAAAGAAGCCGAACAUCCAAACAACCUUAUCCCUUUUCACGUGAUCUUAAACUGAAAUCUUCCUCUCCGAUAGCAUCUGCUGCCAAAGUUGCUUCAAGCGAAGACCUUUUAAUCCAGAUCCUGUUAUCUCUCAUUACUAAUCCACACUUUCUUCGUCUUUGCAACCCUCUUUCCCCCUCCCCCUCUGUCUCUUCCCUCUUCUUCGCCAGCUCCUCCUCCUGCAGAAGCAACCCUGACUACCAGUUCAUACCUCUUGAUGUCAAUGAUAAAUGUCUGGUCCCCUUCAAAACUCUUGAUUUUACUGAUGAUCCUCUAGGUUCAGGCAUAGCUGUUCUACAGUCUUGCAAUGGCUUACUGUUAUGUGCUAGCUAUAGAGCACGUGAAAUCAAGCGUACCUAUUAUGUGUACAAUCCCACCACUAAGCAAUUUGCUACCCUUCCACAGAUUAGACAUGAAUGUUCAAAAUAUGUUUGUGGUAUGACCCUAGCCUUUGAUCCUAUAAAGUCGCCUUUCUACAAAGUUGUUUGUCUGAGACGCUCUGAAAAGUCUCGUCAGCUUUUUCAGAUUGAGAUUUAUUCAUCUGAGACUCUCUCAUGGAGAGCCUCAGGUGAACCUUUUACCGCACCAAAGCAUACUGAAUUCCAAAAUUCUAUAUACUGGAAUGGUUCUGUUCACUGGUGGAACGGUUCUUUUCACUGGUGGAAUGGCUUUACCAACCAUGGUUGUUGGAGGAUGGACACACAUACUUUGUACUUCAAAGUUGAUGAAGAGAGUCUAAAACAAUUGCCAAUUCCUAAGAAGCAAUACGCUUACUAUCAUGUAGCUUCUUAUGUUGGAGAGUCCGAGGGUCAUUUGUAUCUUGUUGAAGGAGAUUCUGAUUUCAACCGUCUAUUCAAGGUGUAUGAGCUGGCAAGAGAUUUUUCAGGGUGGUUUAUGAAGUAUCAAGUUGAUAUGUCCGAGGUUACUAAUGUUUUUCCAGAGAUGAUGAAGAAAAACCCCUUCCACGGGUACACAUUAAAAAUCAUUUCACUUGUGAGGAAAGAAAAAGAAGAAAAAGAUGGCUCUUUCUUGGUUCUGGAGAUACCUGGUGGUCAGAUUAUCCAUUACAACCUUGUGGAUAAAAGUGUGAAGAAGCUGUGGGAAUUUCCUCCGGGCCACAAGUUUUACAAUGAUAAUUGUUUAAGGCAUGUUUUGGCCUUAUCCUACAUCGAGUCUCUUGCUUGUGUGUGA